AUGUCAUCCACCGGCUGGGAAGUCCGCUUUUCCAACUCCCGCCAGCUCCCCUACUUCUACCACGCCCAGCAAGCCACCUCCACCUGGGAGCCCCCUGCCGACCUCACCCCAGAGCAGAUCCAGCAGCUUCCGGGCGCGAGCCAGUAUCUCAACCCCCAGACAAAGCCGCCUGGAGGCAAGGACGGCCAGGCUAGGGCUAGCCACAUCCUGGCCAAGCAUUCCGGGAGUAGGCGACCGGCUUCUUGGAGGAGUGACAACAUUACGAUCUCUUCCGCCGAAGCCCAGUCCAUCAUCGAGAAGCACGUCGCAUACCUCAAGUCUCUUCCUAAGGAGCACCUCGCUCGAGAGUUUGCCAAGAUUGCUUCUACCGAGAGCGACUGUUCUAGUGCAAAGAAGGGAGGCGAUCUGGGAUGGUUUGGCAGGGGACAGAUGCAGAAGCCUUUCGAGGACAACACCUUCUCCACCCCCAUUGGAGAGCUCAGUGACAUUGUCAAGACCGAUUCCGGUGUCCAUGUCAUUCUCCGAACUGGAUAA